AUGCCUGCCAAGUCGCGAUUUACGAGGCUUGAUGCUUUCGCCAAAACAGUCGAGGAUGCUCGCAUCCGUACCACCUCCGGAGGUAUCAUCACUUUGGCCUCGUUGGUUGUCAUCCUGUACCUGGUUUGGGGAGAAUGGCUGGAUUAUAGACGGGUAGUUGUUCUUCCAGAACUGGUUGUUGACAAGUCGAGAGGCGAGCGAAUGGAAAUCCACAUGAACAUUACCUUUCCCCGACUACCAUGCGAGCUUUUGACCCUUGAUGUGAUGGACGUUUCGGGCGAACAGCAAGUUGGCGUGGCACAUGGCGUUAACAAGGUGCGCCUGAGUUCUCCUGCCGAGGGAGGCCGUGUGCUGGACGUUCAAGCUCUGGACCUCCACUCUAAAGAGGAAAUCGCCAAACACCUCGACCCAAACUACUGCGGCGACUGCGGCGGCGCGGACCCUCUCCCCGGCUCCAUGAAAGAAGGCUGCUGCAACACCUGCGACGAAGUGCGCGAAGCCUACGCAGCCAAGAACUGGGCCUUUGGCAAGGGCUCCAACAUCGAGCAGUGCGAACGGGAGGGCUACGCGGCGCGCAUCGACGCCCAACGCCGCGAAGGCUGCCGCCUUGAGGGCAUCCUGCGCGUCAACAAGGUCGUCGGCAACUUCCACAUCGCCCCCGGCCGCAGCUUCACCAGCGGCCAGGUCCACGCGCACGACCUGCAAAACUAUCUCGACCUCGAGCUCCCGGACAACGAAAAACACACCAUGACCCACCACAUCCACCAGCUGCGUUUCGGCCCCCAGCUCCCCGACGAAGUCUCCGACCGCUGGCAGUGGACAGACCACCACCACACCAACCCGCUCGACAGUACGAGCCAGGAGACGAACGACCCGGCCUACAACUUCGUCUACUUCGUGAAGGUCGUCUCGACGUCCUACCUGCCUCUGGGCUGGGACCCACUCUUCUCGUCCGCUGCCCACAACGCCCACGACCAGACUCCCCUAGGCUCCCACGGCAUCGCGUACGGUUCCGGCGGCAGUAUCGAAACGCACCAGUACUCGGUGACCUCGCACAAGCGGUCCCUGCGCGGCGGCGACGCCUCGGACGAAGGGCACAAGGAACGUCUGCACGCCGCGAACGGCAUCCCCGGCGUCUUCUUCAACUACGACAUCUCGCCGAUGAAGGUCAUCAACCGCGAGGCCCGCCCCAAGAGCUUCUCGGGUUUCCUGACGGGCGUCUGUGCCAUCAUCGGUGGUACUUUGACCGUUGCCGCGGCCAUUGACCGUGGGUUGUACGAGGGUGCUCUGAGGGUGAAGAAGUUGCAUUCGAGCUGA